AUGUCGCAGCUGCGCAACGCCGAGCUGCGCCAGCUGCCCGCCUUUCACGACACGCUGACCGUCGACGACGACUGGACCACGCUCAUCGCCAUCGGCGACGCUGGCGUGCUCUACAUGCUGCAGGUCAUGGCCUCGGCGCCCGCCCAGGGCUCCGGCAAGCAGGGCGGUGGAAAGGCCGGCGAGCAAGGCAGUCAGGGCUCCGGCAAGCAGGGCAGUGGAAAGCCGGCGAGCAAGGCAUCCAGCCAGGGUUCGUCAAAGCCGGCCGGCAAGCCCGGUGAGCCGUCGCCGAAGCCGUCCGACAAGUCGGCGGCGCCGUCCGCCGACCAGAAGCGGCUGUCGGACAAGCCGAACGGCUCCGAAAGCCCGCAGCGCAGCCCACGCAACGCCAAGCGCAGUCCGCCGCACGCCGUCUCCCUCGACACGGCCGGCGACGAGCGCAAGGCGGCCAGGAAGGCGCGCAAAGGCGACGAGAAGGAAGACCAGGCAGGCCAGCGCGUACGCGCUCUGGCCCGCCGCACGCUCGCGCUCUGCCAGCGCUCCGACUGGGUGGCCGUCGAGCAGAGCCUGAAGAGCGUGGAGCGAGCCGGCCAGGAGGCCGGCGUGGCCGAGCCGCUGCAGGACGUUGUCGAUGAGAAUGGCUACACUCCCCUUAUGUACGCAGCGAAGGACAACCGGGUAAUUGUGGUGGACAAGCUGGUCGAGCUGGGAUGCAACGUGAACCACAUGAGCGAGGAGGGCUUCUCGGUCCUGCAUCUGGCCGUGCUGCACGCUCGCGAGGACAUGGUGAAGACGCUGCUGAAUAGGAGGGCGGACGUCAACGCCCUGACCGGGCCGAAGAAGAUGACCUGCGUCCACCUGGUGUGCACGCGCACAGCAGGCCUGGCCGUCAACAUCCUGCGGCUCCUGCUGCAGACGACCAACAAGGACGUGCGCCUCAUCAAGGACGUGGACGGCAACAUUCCGCUGUUCCUGGCCAUCGAGGCCGGCUCACAGCACCUGUGUCGGGAGCUGCUCAACUACCAGCCGGAGCUGCAGGUCAAGGUGCGCAAGAGCACCAAGGACACGGUGCUGCACCUGGCCGUGCGUCGUCGGGACAUCGACCUAGCGCGUCUGUUCGUCGACUACGGGGUGCAGGUGGACGCCCAGAACAAAGACGGCCAGACAGCGCUGCACAUUGCCGGGGCCGAGGGCGAUGACGUCAUGGUGAAGUUCUUCUACAGCAUCCAUGCCAACCCGAACAUCGCCGACAACCAGGAUCGGACCCCGCUGCACAUCGCUGCCGAGCGGGGUCACGCGCUAGUGGUUGAAAUCCUGGCGGACAAGUUCAAAGCUUCGGUUAUGGAUCGGACCAAAGAUGGCAGCACGUUAAUGCACAUUGCCUCGCUGAACGGCCAUCCGGAGGCGGUGAUGGCGUUCCUACGAAAAGGCGUUCCUCUGCAUAUGCCCAACAAGGCGGGAGCUCGGGCCAUCCACACGGCCGCCCUCACCGGCCACGUCGGAGUCAUCAACGCCCUGAUUCAAAAGGGCGAAAGUGUCGACGCCGCCACCAGGGACAACUACACCGCUCUUCACCUGGCCGUGCAGGCGGGCAAGGCAGCCGUCGUGGAGACCCUGCUGGGUCACGGCGCCCAGGUGGAGAUCAGGGGAGGCGCUCUGCGGGAGACGCCGCUGCACAUAGCGGCGCGCGUGCAGGACGGCGACAAGUGCGCUGAGAUGCUGCUCAAGUCGGGAGCCAGCGUGCAGCUCACCAUGGAGAACGGCCAGACGCCGCUGCACGUGGCGGCCCAGUGCGGCCAUCUGAAGACGUGCCAGCUGCUGCUGCAGGACGGCGCCGACCCCAUGACCCAGUCCAACAACGGCGAGAACCCGCUGCAUCUGGCCUGUCAGAACAGCAACUACCAGGUGAUUAGUCUGCUGCGCGACUGCGUGUGCAAGCUGGCCAGCUCGGAAGAGGAGGGCGCCGCCCGGCUGAAGAAGCUGCUCAACAUCCGCAACUCCGAGGGCGAGACGGCCGUCCACUACGCCGGCCGCGUGACCAAGGACAAGCUGCACUACCCGCAGGAGGACCGCGACAUCGUCAAGCUGCUCUGCGAGAACGGCGGCUCGCUCGACCUGCUCACCACCAAGGCUAAAGAAACGCCGUUUCACUACGUGGCCCGCCACGGAAACAACGCAGUCCUAGAGCAGAUGCUGGUUCAUCUAAAAAACCAGGCGCCAAACGUGCAGAUCGUGCUGAACCGCCAGAACAACGGCGGCGCGUCAUGUCUGAUGGUGGCCGCCCAGCAGGGUCACCAGGAGGUCACCAAAACGCUGCUCGCUCACAACGUCAGGGUGGACGUGUUCGACAGCGAGGGCAAGGCGGCGCUGCACCUGGCCGCCGAGCAGGGUCACCUAGACGUGUGUAACGACCUGCUGGCGCACAAAGCGUUCGUCAACUCGCGCUCCAAGAUCGGUCUGACGGCGCUGCACCUGGCCGCCACGCGCGGCUACACGGACCUGGUGAAGGCGCUCAUCCAGAAACAUAACGCUGCAGUCGACGUUAACACACUGACGAAGCAGACGCCGCUGCACCUGGCGGCGGAGGCGGGUCAGAUCGAGGUGUGCAGCGCGCUGAUCCAGAUCCGCAGCGACGCCAAGGCCACCAACGACAGCGGCCAGAAGCCGAUCCAUCUUGCGGCGCAGAACAACCACUCGGAGGUGGUCAAGCUCUUCCUCAAGCACUUCCCCGAGCUGGUCACCACCGCCGACAGGGACGGCAACACCUGCGCCCACAUCGCAGCGAUGAAGGGCUCGGUGGACGUCAUCAAGGAGCUGAUGAAGUUCAACAAGCAGAUGGUGACGUCGUGCCACAACAAGACGUCCGAGUCGACGCCGCUUCAUAUGGCGGCAGAGGGCGGCCACCCGGAGGUGGUGCAGGUGCUGAUCGAGGCCGGCGCCAGCCCCACUGAGGAGACCAGGUACGGCUUCACGCCGGUGCAUCUGGCGGCGCGCGCCGGUCACAACGGCGUGCUCACGCAGCUGCGCGCCCUGCACGCCUCCAUGCGCAUCACCAGCCGCAAGAACGGCCUCAGCGCGCUGCACGUGGCCGCCUUCUACGGAGAGGCCGACAUCGUGCGCGAGCUGCUGCAGCACGUGCCGGCCACGCUGAAGUCGGAGACGCCGACGGCGGCCACCUCGUCGUUCAUCCGCGAGCUGGGCUCGGAGUCGGGCCUGACGCCGCUCCACAUGUCCGCCUACAGCGGCAAGGAGAACAUCGUCCGCCUGCUGAUGAACUCGCCCGGCGUCCAGGUGGACGCCACCACCAACCUCAACGCGUACAUCCCGCUACACCUGGCGUGCGUGGGCGGCCACACGGCUGUGGCCGGACUGCUGCUCAGCCGGUCCACGGACCAGCUGCACUGCAAGGACCGACGAGGUCGCACCGGGCUGCACAUCGCCUCGAUGAACGGCCAUCUGGCCAUGGUCUCCCAGCUGCUCGGGCAGGGUGCCGACAUCAACGCUGCCGACCGGGACGGCCUGACGGCGCUCCACUACAGCAGCAAGAACGGCCACCUGGACGUGGUGAAGCAGCUGAUCGAGAGCGGCGCCUCGCCCAAGUUUGAGACCGCCAACGCCAAGACGGCAAUCUGCUUCGCCGUCGGCAACGAGCACUUUGACGUCAUCGAGUACCUACUGCGCAAGGACCACGACUCGUACUCGCUGCUCAGCGACAAGAAGUUUGUGAGUGACCUGACCAUGGUGAGUAAGAAGUACGGUAACAAACCGCUGCAAGACUUCAUCCUGCUCUCACCGGCGCCGGUCGACGUGGCCUCCAAGCUCUCCUACAUCCUCUAUCACCUGUCCGUGAAGGAGAAGGAGAAGACGAAGGACCUGCUGGCGGCCUCGCACUACUGCGAGGUCAUGGCUACUGAGAUCCUGUCGCUGGCGGCCGGCUCCAAGUCGGCCGGCAUCCUGCUGCGGGCACUCGACUACCAGCAGAACGAGUUCCUCGACAUCCUGAUCGAGCUGGAGCAGAAGGAGGUGAUCGCUCACCCAGCCGUGCAGCGUUACCUGACGGAGGUGUGGCGCGGACACCUGGACUGGCCCACCUGGAAGACGGUCGGCCUGUUCUUUGCCUUCCUCAUAUGCCCGCCCGUCUGGAUGUUCUUCUCCCUCCCCAUCGGCCACAAGUACUGCAAAGUUCCCGUCAUCAAGUUCGCCUCCCGCCUCGCUUCCCACAUCUUCUUCAUCGUGCUGCUGAUCCUGACGGUGGUGACGCCGCUGUGGCCCAUCUGGCGGAGCACGUCGCUCAUGCCGCACGUGCCCGAGUGGAUGGUGUUCACCUGGCUGUCGGGCAUGCUGCUGUCGGAGCUGACGAAUCCGGGCGACCGCGGCGGCCUCGGCAUGCUGCGCAUAGUCAGCAUGGUGGCCGGGGGCCUGGCGCUUGGUGUGCAUCUCAUCGGGUUCGCCUUCAGUACCGACUACGAGCGGCAGGACGUGCUGUACAUCCGGAACCAGCUGCUGGCGGUGGCGAUGCUAUUCGCCUGCGUGCAGCUGCUGGACUUCCUGACGUUUCACCACCUGUUCGGCCCGUGGACGGUCAUCAUCAGAGCGCUCAUGGUCGAUCUCGGGAGGUUUCUGGUGAUCAUGUCCAUAUUCGUGCUGGGCUUCACCCUGCACGUGGCCGCGAUAUAUCAGCCGGUGCGGCCGAUGUUCACCAAUGGAACGGACUCCGGACUCGGCUAUCCACCAAACGAGGCGCCGGUGCAGACUCCGCUACAGACGCUGGAGAUGAUGUUCUUCUCCAUCUUCGGCCUGGUGGACACGUACGACUACCUACCACCGCUGAACUCGCACCCGGCCUGGUCGCAGACCCUCAUCAAGUUCGUCUUCGGCUCCUACAUGAUCGUGGCCGUGGUUGUGCUCAUCAACCUGCUGAUUGCUAUGAUGUCCGACACGUACCAGCGGAUACAGUCGAAAUCCGACACCGAGUGGAAAUUCGGCCUGGCCAAGCUGAUCCGAAACACGAACCGCACCUCCUCGGCGCCCGCUCCCCUCAACCUCAUGACCAAGCUGGUUGUCUACGUGCACGCCUUCAUCAAGUUCAAAGGCCGUCUGUGUGACCCGCGCGCGCUCGAGUAUAUGAAAACAGAACGGCUGCCGAAGGACGAGAAGAAGCUGGACAUGACCACCAACGUCGGCGGCAACUGGAUGGGCAAGAUGCGAAAGAAGUCGGUCGGUCCCGGUCUCGCGCUGCCCAUGGCCGUCCACGGCGUCCGGCGGUCCACCGGCGAUUUCGCCAUAGAUAUGAACCACUCGAACCUGAGCGUCCAGCCAUCCAGCGCGUCCGUCAUCUCGGGGCCGCGCCGCCUGGAGAACGUCAUUGACUGGCCCAAGGUGGUGGAGAAGUACCUGGCCAACACGGGUCAGAACACUUCCCUGCACAAGGGUGGCGGCCUCAUGGACAACGACAGUGCUGAGGCCGAGCCGGCGGAGAACGGCCACGUCUGAGGUCAAGCUUAGGGCCAGGUCAGGGUCGCACACUGGGGCAAGGCCAUUCAAUGGGUCAAGAUCGCUUCGCUGAUUCGACGUCGCCAUCGAGUCCAGGCUGAUGCGUGAUGCGGAGCCGGGCCGACGCGGCACCGGCCACAGGUCUCAGUGAACGCGGACGGCCUCGUCAGGUGGAGGACGCCGUUGACGCCCGCUCGCCGGCACCUGAGCGUGACUCGAACGAGGCCUUCGGCGUCCCUGACAGCGUGUACAGGACAUGGUGCGCGUUGUCGCCCGUCAGGCGUGUCGUUAUUGCCUGAGCUGUGUGAUGUCUGAUGUUCAGCCGCGCAUUCUGUGCGGACCUGUGGCAAGACUGGGUUUGAUGGCUAUAUUUUUUGCCUGAUGAUGUCAGUUGCAGCGUUUGUCGGAAACCGCGGGCGGAUUUUUCGACAGCACGUGGGUGUAACGGAGGCCUUAAGUGCCACCCUAGCGACAUCGUCAUUUGCUGCGUCCCCCCGCUCUGAUUCUCCUACGGUGUUCAUGUUGGAAAGGAGAGAGGUAUGACAAACGGGCCUUCGCAAGAGACCGCUUACCUUGAGCAACAUGUAGAGCGGAAGCCGCCGGAGAAAUGAAACUAUUUUAACUGCACGCAGCGUGCAUUUGUCUUGAUCUAGCUCCUGGUAGCAGGUCAGAGGCGUGAAAUUAUUGUACAUUUUGUAUCAUGCCUGGCUGGUUAGCUCCUUUGGGCAAUGUGUUCGAAAGCACUCUAAGUACGCGACAUUACCAUCAGAAAUUCGUCCUUUGGUAAAUUAACUUGUGCUCUUAACCAUGGAAAGCGCCACUUGGAAAUGCCUCCGAUUGCAAAAAGCUACACAACGGUUAUGGCUUGUGUUUAAAAUUAGCUUAGUCGUCAUUUAGCAUUCCACCUAAUGUACUGUUGCAAACUAGGCAUGUCCAUGUGCAUGCAAUCCUCCAGCUCCGUAGACUAAAAACGACAUAGGCUCAGGCAUGUGGAAUGUGUAUUUUAUACUCACUGUACGGUUCCAACAAUAUUUGCAUGCUGCUAGGUGUACGACAUGAACGGAGCCACCAUAUUAGAUUACGUACAAGCUACCAUGACUGCCGCACAGAGAUGUGACAGUCAAUGGACAGCGAUAGUGUAGCGCAUUUUGCAACGUCUAGCUCUUUGUCUUUGUACAUAUGGACCUGCUGAGCAUUGACUUCAGUAUUUUUAUGCUGCUAUUUUGUUUGUAUAUAUUUUGAUCACGCUGUGUACAAGCGGUUACAGAGGAUGCAACAUUUGCGGCUAUUCAUGAACUGUGAAUUUUUUCUCGACCAUUUCAGGCACUUGUUCCUACAACGCAUGUGCGGUACAUCAGUGACAGUAAUUACGGUCUCGAUAAGCGCUGGUCAUAUCGAUGUUAUCUAGUCCUUAGGGUAACAGCGUGUUUAGAGAUCAUCAGAUGGGAGACGAAGGUAUCGAAUAUGUCAAGACCUGAAUGGCUCUGGACUGUUUUGAUGUAAAUAAACUU